AUGUCGAGAGAAGAACAUCAUGCCUCAAUCUUUGGUGGCGGCCAACAUCAUUCAACUUGGAGUCACGAAAUGCUCGGUGGAGCAGCAGCUUUUGAAGCAUUUCGUUUGUGGGAACAACAACAUCCAGGUGAUCAACAUCAACUUUCUAAAGAGAUACUAGCAGGACUUGCUGGUGCUGAAGUUGAUAAAUUAUUUGAAACACAUGGUCUUGACUUUCUCGAUAAAGAACAAGCUAAACUUCAUGCAACGCAACACGCUGAUGAUUUGGUUGUGGGACUGGCCGUUCAUUAG